AUAUAACGCGGUAAUUUAAAAUUUAUUCCAUGACUUAACAUAAUAUUAAUCUAAAAUAGAUUCAAUGACGCAACAAACUCGUGCCAACAGAUAAUAGAGGAGUCUAUUUCUUUGUACGGAAUAUGAAGCAAUUUCUUUUUCAUCAUUUUAUAUCUCGUUUCAGAAUAAGGAAAUCUAGGUAAAAAUCCAUGUCUUAUUUGUUCCAUUAAUUUGCCAUAUAUGUCCUCGAAUGUAAAAAAUGAUUCAAACAAGGUUUGAAGGCGAUGAAAAAUUUUGUCGUCGAUCGUAGGUGGAUAAAAAUUCACGUUUCAUGCCGAGAUAUUCGAGAAAAAUUCGAGCGUAGCGUAUCUGAGCGAUGACGGAAAACCCGUGACGCGUUUCUGUGUAUAACGACAUUGCGUCGUUAUCCACAGUCGUAAACUAUGUAAAUACAAAUAAAAGAUGGGCCGUGUACUUAUGGCGGUAUGUCAUAAGAUUACUGCAGGUUACCGUGUUUGUGCGAGUGUAUACAAGGUUGCACACACUUGUAAAUAUAUAAUGUAGAUCCCCGCAAUCGUAUACAGGUUCACGUGAGCGCGCGGCCUCGUGUAUAUGUAUACACACGAUACACAUGGAAGAAGGUCUAAGAAGAUAUCGCUAAGUGGCCGCCGAUAUACGGAACGACAGAUCAGUUCAAAACCACCUGUCCCAGAAGGUGGAUCAAUCUGUGGAGAUUAAACGUUGACCGGUGUAUCGCGCAAUAAAUCGUCGAGCUAAAUUCUCGAAUCCUGAAGAAGGGAUGGAUCGUAGUAAAAGAAAAAGGAGAAAAAUAGGUGGUGAAAAGAAAGUGCUGCUAUCCAUCGUCGAUCCUUGGGAUGUGAAGGUAGCCAGUGUCGAUCCGGUCGGAUUGGACGCGCGACGAGGCGUCUCCCUGUCCAUCCUACCUUCACCCUCUAAUCAAGACGAGGGUGUCAAUCCGAGAUGGACCUUAAGCAAACCUGUCACCAAGACACCAUCGCCCUGGUACAAGCCUGGUAGCUCCUCGAGUUACGUCAGCCCCGAAGAAUCAGCGCUGAUCGAUUCGAUCUGGCUGCAUCCUUCGCGGCGAAGGUCGUCAUCCGUCAACGCGACUUACAACUCUCCGUCUCUGAUUCCGUCCGGAGAAAGAUUGCGAGAUAGCAAGCAAAAAACCGACGUCGAGGCAAGCGAGGUCGACAAUGGAUUAAUCAACAGCUCGCAGGAAAUUAGCCGCGACAAUUUCGAUGAUCUGAACGGAACAGCGGCGGUACGAGUGCGUUUUGAGAUCGACAGAGCGGCGGAGCCCUGGCGGAAUGGAGUGCGAUGUGACGCGAAAAAUGGCCAAAAUAAUAUUGUCGAUCGUGCGUCGCGUGUGUUGAAAAAUUCGGACGCGAGCGAUAACGCGAAAUCGCAGAAUCGCGAAAUCAGCGAAGUGACCGCGGAAAAGCAGAAGGAUUCGCCGGAAAUAGACGAUGCAAAAAUCAAUGAGAACAAUGAUGAUCGUGAGGAAAAUUCUCGGAUAAUUGAGAAGAAGCCAGCGAUCGUCGAUAUCGUUCAGCACUUGGUGGAAUCCAGGUACAGUCCGCAAACCGCGCAGAAGAGCAGAUUAAAAAGGAUGCCAUCAUGUCGUCAACAAGAAGAUUCAAACGAAAUAGAUCCAGUAGAUAAAUCGAACAACAAUACGAAUGCACUUGUUGAUGUAACCAAGAGAGAAAAAAUUCAAGAAGCGGCCGAGAAGACGAAUAACGCGGUGAAAGCAUUGCCGGAAGUGACAGCGCUGCGUGUUACGAAUAUAAGGAAGACUAGUAUCUCGAUGCCUAGCAAACUUGAUGAGAUGGACGAUCUUCGAAUAGACAGACAAAACGGGACCGUCUCGAAAUUCGCGAGAGCGGAGAGCGAGACCAGCAGUAGCGUGACUUUUAGCAACAGCGGCUCAACGCCGAAUGGAAGUCCGUUGGGAUCCGACACGGAGGAAGAAGCAAAUGACGAAGAGUUGGCCAAGAUGAUUCCUCGAUAUGAUAUCGGUAGCGCUGUAUCAUUGCAAAGAGUGCCAUUGCAAGCUCCACCGCGAAGGAAAAGCAGAAUCGUGCAAUCGUCGGUGAACGAAAAAAUGGGAAAUGACACGGAACUUUCGGGUGUGCAGAGUGCGAAUUCCACGAUAACUAGCGUAAACAGCAUUAGCAGUCUUUUGAAAGAGAAACUGCAAUUAUCGUUACCACAAGCACUGCGAAGCAGUACAAGACGUCAGAACGCAGACUACAGGCUUAGAGCGUUUGUCGGUUUUCUCUUUUUGUGCGUCGUUUUUCUCGUGGGAUUUGCACACAUUUAUUACAAUCAGCAUGUCUUACAACGAGCUUACUUUGACAAAUUUAGGUUCAAUAAAAAUGAAAGAGUGAUGACAGUUUAUGGUAGCACCGGCGCGGAGAUCAUCGCCGCUCGGCUCGGCGAGGGUAUUCCACCGGAAACGGGAGUGUAUCCCUGUCUGCCUCAUCAUCAACGGCAGGACUCGGUUUGCCUCGAAUGGCUGCAACAGACGCGGCUCUACCUCGCGCACACAAAGCGCGAGGACAUGCAUUGCUAUCACGUGACGUGGCAGAGCCUGAGUCCCUAUUACAAUCCCAAGGACUGCUUCGACUGGUCCUCGAAGAGGGGCCACUGGUACGGCGCUGGUCAGAUUCAGAACAUGGCGUAUCCCUUGGAACGAGGUCGCCUGGAGCUCAGUCCUUUCAUCACGGGCGACGUGAGGAGACAUUCCUUCGGCAACGUAUUGAAACGAUACUUCCUGAACUCGAAGGGUGCCACGAUCCUGGUGGAUCCCGAGACGCCGUUGUACGUCUCCAUCAACGCUAAUCGAAGCAACGACUUCUGCCUUCAAGCUAAACACGAUGUUUUCGCUUACAUCAAUCAUCUGACGCCGCUACCUCAGCUUAAUUACACCAUUUGCGCCACCGACAACAUGAAGACUUUGCACUCCUCGAUGGCCGAAAAGUCUCUGUGGGAUGGUCUGAAGCCCGACGAGCUGCACGCCGUUCAUUCCUUGCUGUCUGAACCAGUCUGGCAGAUUUCGCCCACCAACGAGGCGGCCAUUUACAAUUACACGGAGGAUGUGAUCGCGCUGGGAUUUCUUCGCCAAGGUCACGUUCUGCUGAGCGAGGAAUGGCAGCCGAGUCCGGGAGAUUUCGUCCUGGACGAAGAGCGAUUUCCCUCCAUGGAGGAGACGAUUAAUAUCAUUCAUCGCAGAGGGUUCCGAAUAGUCUUCAGCAUCCAGCCGUUUAUCUCCACGGAAUCCAUGAACUUCAAAGACGCCGUCGCUAAUAGAUUACUUAUCUCGGAGCGAGGGAGUGAUCCUCGGAUUCCGGCAUUGACGAGGUACAAGCAAAGUAACAGCGCCGGUGUGCUCGACAUCACGAACAACAAGACUUUACCUUGGCUGCAAGCGAAGCUCGAGAGCCUGAUCAUGAAGUAUCACGUGGACUCGUUUUACCUCGACCUGGGCACCGCUCAGGACAUGCCGCACUAUUAUAAAUGCGAGCAGCCGCUGACCAAUCCCGAUCAUUACAAGACCAUCUUCACCCGCUCGAUACUGGGCACCAUUCCUGUGAUCGGGGUUUCCAGCGCCAUUUCCAGGCCGCGAGCGCCCGUCUUCGUGUCUUUGCCGCCCUUUCCGUCGUCCUGGAAAGCCAUCAAGACCGUGAUUCCCACGGUGCUCAGCUAUGGCAUGAUCGGCUACCCCUUUAUCAUGCCUGGUGCGGUGGGUGGUGACGUGGCGUUGCCGAUGUCGGAUAACAAUCCCGAUAACGACUUCGAGGUGGACCUGCCGGACAAGGAGCUCUACAUCCGAUGGCUGCAACUGUCCACUUUUCUACCGGUGAUUCGCUUUACUCAUCUGCCCAGCAAGUACUCGGACGAGUCGGUUCUGGAGAUCGCGAAGAGGUUGACUACUUUGCGACAGAAGACGGUGACGCCGUUGCUGAAGAAGUACGCGAACGAGACCCUGGACACCGGCUUACCUAUCAUCAGGCCGCUUUGGAUGUUGGAUCCGGCUGAUCCGGCCUGCCACGUGGUGGUCGACGAGUUCUCCGUCGGCGAGGAGCUGAUCGUCGCCCCGGUGCUUUAUUCCGGUAGCAGGCAGAGGGAAGUUUAUCUGCCGGCUGGUGUCUGGAGAGACGGCAUCGACGGGAGUCUGAGGAAAGGCUCGAGGUGGAUUCACAAUUACAGGGUGGCGGAGGAUAAGGUGGCGUACUUCGUCAAGAUGCCGGAUAACACGAGAUUCUAAGAAUGAGGACGCCGAAUUUAGGACGUCAAAGAAUUUAUGAGAUUGUUUGAUUAAAGUAAUCAGAUUUCACGCGACAAUGUGUUUUUUUUCGACAAAUAUAUGAGAGCAAUAUCAAAUGAACAUUAGCAUUACGAAUUUUGACCAAAUUUGACAUUGAUAAUUUUUUUUUUAAUUCGUGUGAUGUAUGAAUUUGUUGCUCAAGAAACUCUCGAAAUGAAGAGAAAAAUAAUUGCAGUGAUGCAGUGAUAAAUAUAUCUUAUGUCGGUUUUAAAUGAUGAAAACUUUGCACGUGCAGAUGCGAUAUUUACUAUUCGAUGAAUGUAUUUCAAAAUUGCAAUUGAAUGCAAUAAUUAAAUAUCCAUCGCCACUUUGAAGCACAUUUUUUUUUGCAGCUGCUACACUUUUGUACAGCAGAAUAUUUAUACCGUGAUAAAUACUUAACGACUAAAAUUAUUACACGUACAUUAUAAGUACGUUGUUUGAUAUAUAUAAUCGAGAAACUCUGAUUAGACAAUAAAAGUAUCAUUAUUACUGUAUUCUAUGAAUAUGAUACUAUCAACAAAUAUUAUAUAAUAAUUGCAUACACAUUGAAAAUCUAGAACCAAUUGUAGAUUUAUAAUUUAUGCUGACAAUUAUAUUUAUUUUACCUAACAA